AUGAUCCUUCCUAUGGAAAUCUUAGAACAAAUUGUGACGAGCGGUCUUGAUAGUUUCGAGACUGCCAAAGCCUGGUGCAAGUUAUCUCCAAGCUUUCAAACCCAAGUUACUCGAAACUUGGGCAUUUUGGUCAUCUCGGACUGUGCUAAUGGCUACGAACAGCAACCGAAACAGCUUUUUGCAGGAAAUAGUCUGCUGGACUAUAUGUCGCUAAGCGAUGGGGCUAAUACAACGAUAAUAGACACUGCGGAGUUUGACAAAGUGUCAUUACGACAGUUUCUACAAAAGUAUCAAAAUCUAUUAUUUGUCAUUGUCACGGACAAACAUUUCAGCGAAUCGCUUCUGGCACUGUUGACUUGUAUUGUUGACCAAAUCGCUGGCAUCAAUGCCAAUCACCGUAAAAACAUCUGUAUGGUCUACAAGACAGUUCACAACUUUCUCAGCAAAAUUUAUUUCCGUCAACUUUUACUCAGUCCACGACUGAUCCGUCUGUGUGAACUCCACCUCUUGAGUGGCUCCGAUUUGGCAGAGAACGACAAUAUCGAUUUGGAUCUUGUUUUUGAGACAACAAAUCUUUACAACGUCAAACGCGUGUUCAGCUUGAAUAUCCAAAACGCUUCGCAUGUACUGAGAGCUCCAAGCCUAGUGUCGAUUCGGGAGCUUGAACUCAACGCGGAUGUCAACCCGUCGAGGUCGUUGGCUCAUGCUCCAUUACUCUCUACUAUCCAGCGCUUUCGUCUUCCAACUGGUCUUGGUUCUCAAACUCGCUAUCAGCUUCCCGCUUGUGACCACUUAGGUCUUGUGAACUAUAACCCUAAGAUUGCGUAUCCAUUAUUAGAAGGAAAAGAUGUGCGGGAAAGUCUCACGAUAGCUACGUCGUUAAAAAGCGAAGGAGGUGUUCUCAAGAACAUGAAUUUUCCUCAGGUCAAAAACCUCUGUAUCACAUCUCUUGUUUCCUCGGUCGAUGAAGUGGAUUUCCAAGAUUGCAACUUUGAAAAGUUGCAAAGUUAUGAUGAGUCGAAUUCUUUUGGGCCCACUAAAUGGGGUAGUCUUAUCGCUUCCAAUGCGAAGAUCGACUCAGUCAAGGCUUCUGUUGAUUGCUGCAGCGAUCUUUCGGCCUUGAUGCGUUGUCCAUUCACACUUAAAGGAACAUUGGAAGUCACUUCGAAACUAAAGGGCGAGAAAAUUCUUUCAGUCAAGGAUGAACUUUCAAAACUCACCGCUGAUUGUCGCAUGAAGAAUCUCUUGAUUCACUGCUCAUACAUCAGUAUCACCUUGGGUAGCAUUUGGCAAUACGCCCUGUUUUUUUUCGUGAUUUGUCCGUAUAUUGCAGAGACUGCGACACUCUGUGUCAAAAUCAAUUUCGAAUUACUCCAAAACGACAUCCAGCAUCAGUGCCACAUCAACAACAUUGCGCGUGAUGAACUUUUCGGCAUGAUGAACCUUCCUUCUAAGAAUGGAAUUUUGCAGCUUGUACUCCCUCAAGCUAAACGUAUUAUACUCCUUGAUGUUACCUCUGUCAAAAGUGCACAGUUCUCUGCCGUAGAGGAACGGUCAAACGUGAACGAUGUGUGGUUCAAAUCAACGAUUCGUACAGGCGUCAGUAAUUUGCAAGAUCCAAUAUCACCGUCAGAAUUCCGCAGGAACAGCUUGGCGGGUAGCGACAGCGAUACCGCGCGUCGUAACAGUAUCGUGACUUUUAACAGUCCCGCAUAUUUACACAUACCGUCAGAAAGCGGUAAAUGUCCCAAUCUCGACGAUGGCUCAUCAUUGCCUUCUCUCUUUCAGAAAGUGGAGCAAGGUCAAUUCCGGCGUCAAUCACUUAUUUUAGCGACCUCCGGGGGCCAGAUUCUAUUAUUGGAAGUGAACGGAAGUAUUGUUGAUCACUGUAUCGAGAACAGUCCUGGAUUUCUGCUGAUUUCAACCUUAAAAAUAGUUUCGAAGCAGGUCUUUCAUCGCAGCAAGGUAGAUACCAGUGUAGACUCAGGUUGUUUUGCUUUAGUCAGGAAAGAUUUUGAAAGGCUACUAAAUCUAAAGAACAACUACCCCAGUAUAGACCGAUUAGAAUAUUCUGUGUCAACUGCCACCUAUCAUGAUCUGAACUUCAAAGAUGACUUAGCAAGCGAAAUUUAA